UAAUUUUAUUUAAAAUUGCUUUUUUUAUGUGUUUAUUGAACUGUACAAGCGAGUUUAAUUGUCAAAUAUAUGUGCCUUGGAAGUCAAAAAAUUUCAGACACUUCAAAGAGGCGUACGCUAACUGUCGCUUCCGUAUGGCAAAUUAUUCUGCGCAAUCAUUGUAACAAUUUUUUAGGUGAAUCAUUUGAAUGGCCAGAAAGAGUUCCAUUUAGGUUGACUCAAAACAUGGUCUCAGCAAUGGGACCUCUGGGAGUUGAAGGUGUGUUCAGAAAAUCGUGCGAAUUCACGUUAAGGGUUCUAAGGUCAAAUGCGCCAACAUUGAUGUCUAUCGUAACACCUUUCGUCUACGAUCCUUUAGUUUCUUGGCCCAGGCAUGUCGCAGCCGCAGCACAAAGCUCUGAGAGAGUCAAUGAACAAGCAUUAGAACAUAUAAAAAUAUCGACUUCGACUACAAGGUAA